AUGUUGAUAGAUGGCGUGGCGGUUGUCUGCGUCGCUUGGUACAUUUUCAUAGCCUGCGUCUGCACAAUUGGUGAGAUCUGUCUGUAUGAACUUCCCCCACCGCACAGGCGCAAAACAGCCGAAGUUGACCUCCUCGAUAGAUUCCUCUACUACCGCCGUGCCCCCCCACGAGCAGCCGUCCUCUCCAGAGAAAGGGACCAAAUUCCCCAUGUUACCGUCAUACGCCCUUGCAAAGGCAGAGAGCCGUACCUCUAUGAAUGUCUACGCUCCACCCUCUUCCAGGACUACCCAGCCGACAAGUUGACGGUUCACUUCUGUGUCUCGUCCCGUUCCGACGGCGCCUACGAAACCAUUGAGAAGGUCGUCAGAGACCAUCCGGGCCACGAUGCACAGAUCUUCAUUGAAGCAGAGGACGAUGAGGCUGCAGAAGCAACGGCUCAUAGGGACCUGCUGGGCCCAAAUCCCAAGAUUAGGAACAUGAGCAGAGCGUAUCGCAAGGCCAAAGGGGAUUUGAUCUGGAUCAUCGACUGCAACGUCUGGGUGGGCAGAGGUGCCUGCGGGCGCAUGGUAGACAAACUCUGCGGGUUCUCCCACCACGGAGCAACUUCUCAACCGUACAAACUGGUCCAUCACCUCCCGAUUUCGGUGGAUGUGGAUGAGUAUUCGAACAAGCAGAAGACCAAUACCUCGUCCUACGACGACGCCUCAACAACUACAAUUUCCCCAUCGGAGACAGGUCGAUCAACAAGGCCGGGCAACAUCAGCCAGUACGGUGGGCGACUCGAAGAGCUCUUUCUCUCCUCGUCACACGCGAAGAUGUACGUGGCCAUUAAUAUGGUGGCGGUUGCGCCAUGCAUCGUCGGGAAGUCCAACAUGUUUCGCCGCUCACACCUCGACCAUCUGACUGCCGAACGUGCAAAGCGUGAAGAUCCCACCGCUCCUACCCUUGCCAGAACAGGCAUAGACUACUUCUCCCACAACAUCUGCGAAGAUCAUCUCAUUGGGGACUUGCUGUGGAAGUCGACCGUCCCCGAUCUGCCCGAGUUCCCUCCGAGGAUGCGUAACCACGGCCUCGUCCUGGGUGAUCUCGCCAUCCAACCCGUAGCCGGCAUGACGGUGGUCAACUACGUCGCGAGACGCGUCCGCUGGUUGAGGGUGAGGAAGUUCACUGUGCCUGCAGCCACAAUCGUGGAGCCUGGCACCGAGAGCUUUCUGUGCUCUGCCUGCGGAGCUUUUGGUGUCACGACCUGCCAGUCUACACAGGCCUGGUUCGGAAAUACCUGGGGCAGCUUCUUCUUCUGGUGGACCCUGAGUAUCAUUCUGUGGGCCAGUGUUGACUGGCAGCUGUAUCAACUCCUCCACUCGGGCCGCACACUUGAGACAAACGAGGCUGGUGCAGAUGAUCUGCCCGCGUUCGCCAGGCCGCUCACCCGAGACCGUAGUAAGCGACCUUUCAAGGCGUGGCUUCUCGCCUGGCUGGGCCGCGAAGCUCUCGCUCUUCCAAUCUGGACAUGGGCGAUUUGGGGUGGCGUGACUGUAACAUGGCGCGACCAUCGGUUCUGGGUGGGUAUAGAUAUGAAAGUUCACGAGAUAUGCGAAGAUGCGCGCCGGAUCAGACUCGAUGGUACCACCGGCGAAAAGGGUUUCACCAAUGGACAUUUAAACGGCACUGCACACGGCAAGAGAAGGACUGACUGA